GCAAAAUGACCUUAAUGCAUUACCUCUGCAAGGUUCUUGCUGCCAAAUCACUUGCCCUUUUGGAUUUUCAUGUGGAUCUUGUUAGUCUCGAGGCUGCAACUAAAAUACAAUUAAAGUCUUUAGCAGAAGAAAUGCAGGCCAUUAUUAAGGGUCUUGAAAAGAUAUUGAAUCAGUUUAUCAGCAUUGGUGAGUCGGAAGUGGGAAAUGUUGAUGCAUUGACAUUAUAUUUUGGUGAAGAUUCUCCUCGUUGCCCUUUUAAACAAGUUACACAAACCCUUUUGAACUUUGUGAGGUUGUUUAGAAAAGCUCAUGAAGAAAACUAUAAACAGGCUGAACUAGAAAAGAAGAAAGCUCAGAAAGAGGAACCUGAAAAGGGUAUGGUUGUCCAUGUUGUUUCCUUUCCACAAUUGGUGGCUGACGGAGACGGAGAUAGUGAACCAAGGGAAGCCUGCCAGAGAUUAGAUCUCCCUUCCUUGCGAUUUGUUCAACCACCGGCGAACCCAUUAGAGCUGCAUUCAUUGGCUUUCUCAUGGAAGUUGUUCUAA